AUGUCAACAAAGUUUCCAUCCCACAACCCAUACUUCAAAGCUUCAGGAAAAGAUGUUUGGUCUCUUGUCAAUGAGGCAGCAGCCAAAGCAGCUUCCACAUCAACUAGAGAGAUUAUCAAUUUAGGUCAAGGAUUUUUCUCAUAUUCACCACCACAAUUUGCUAUCAAUGCAGCAAAAGAUGCAUUGGACGUUCCGGCUUACAACCAAUAUGCUCAUACUAAAGGGAAGCCAAAUUUGUUGAAAGCAUUGGCCACAACUUACUCGAAGCAUUACGGAAGAGAAUUGUCAACUGAUGAAAUUUUGGUUACUACAGGUGCAAAUGAAGCUAUUUUAACAAUUCUUACUGGAUUUUUGGAAAAAGGCGACGAAGUCAUUGUUUUUGAGCCAUUUUUUGAUCAAUACAUUUCUAACAUUGAGAUCCCUGGUGGUAAGGUUGUUUCUGUUCCUCUCCACCCUCCAAAAGAGAUUUCAGAGCGUAAUGUCAAAGGUGAAGAAUGGAAAAUAGAUUUCAAAGAGCUUGAGAACUCAAUUACUGAUAAAACAAAAAUCAUUAUUUUAAACACACCUCAUAAUCCAAUAGGUAAAGUUUUCACCAAAGAAGAGUUAUUGAAAAUUGGUGAAUUAGCAGUGAAACACAAUAUCUUAAUCGUUUCUGAUGAAGUUUAUGAAAACUUAUACUAUACUCCUGAGUUUACCAGAAUCGCAACACUCUCACCUGAAAUUGGUAAUUUAACAUUGACUGUUGGAUCUGGUGGUAAAUCAUUUGCUGCAACAGGAUGGAGAAUUGGUUGGAUUAUAGGUCACCCAGAAUUGUUGAAAUAUGCAUCGCUUGCCCAUACAAGAAUCUGUUUUUCAACUCCUGCUCCUUUGCAAGAAGCUACAGCAACCGCAUUGAAUGAAUCUUUAGAAAAUGGAUAUUUUGAAAAGACACGUCAGGACUAUAUCAAAAAGUAUGAAAUCUUUACCAAAGUUUGGGAUGAAUUAGGAUUACCAUACACAAUUGCAGAAGGUGCUUAUUAUCUGCUUGUUGAUUUUUCAAAGGUCAAAAUUCCAAAGGAUUAUAAAUAUCCAGAGGAUUUGAAUGGUCGCGCAAAAGAUUUUAAAACAUCAUAUUGGCUUAUUCAAGAAUUAGGGGUCGUUGCCAUUCCCCCAACUGAGUUCUAUAUCAAGGAACAUGAACAUGUUGCAGAGAACUUACUACGUUUCGCAAUUUGUAAAGAUGAUGAAACCCUUGAAAAAGCCGUUGUCAGAUUGAGAGAACUUAAGAAGUAUAUUUGA